AUGUUCUUCUUAAUUCUGUCCCUCUUUCCAUCCGCAGCGCUCUCUCUGACUAACGAUUCCCAUACAAACACCACGACGGCUGACCAAGAGCUGGUCGGCUGGAUCUCCCCCAGCAACCAUCGCAGCACCUCCGAAAUCAUCUGGAGCUGUCUUGCAAUCUUCCUGGUCUGCACCUGGAAAUGUAUGCAUCUCAAUAUUCCCAGCGAGAAGGAGCGUGGCACGACAGAAUGGGUCAAAGUCCUCGGGGUCCCCCUCCCGAAGCCGUCCCCGGAGCUGCGACGGAAGUGGCUGAAGAGAGUUGGGUGGAUGUUUGUUUUGGCCAUUGCACCGGAAUUAGGGGUCAUGAUUUCUGUAGACCAGAGGCACGAGGCGGAAGAGCUCUACGACCGGCAUAAACACAUGGAUUGGUCGCUCGUUCAUGCUUACUAUGCGAACAUGGGAGGGUUUUCCAUAGCGAUUCCGGAAGAGGAGGAGGAGAUUAAAGAAGGGGAGACCUCUGUUGCGACCAAUGCCGCAGCAGAAACCGAGAAUACAAUGGCUCCUCAGGAGAUCAACGCUGAAAGCCACGUUCAGGAUGCUGCUGCUGACAAGGGAGACCCUUCAGUGGAGGAGCGGUUGAUUGGGCUGGACAAUAGGGAGAAGAAGACACGACUCCGAAUUAGGCGGUUGCAGGGAGGCGAUCUCGCACGUCUCGAUGAACUUGGUUUAUUUCCCGCCACCGACGCAUCCGACACCAAGAACAGGGCUCUCCCCAUCACCACCAUCGACGAUAUCCAGGACCGGUCCAAAUCGGACGCCUUCACCAAGUUCUUCGCACUCCUCCAGUGUACCUGGCUAGUGAUCCAAAGCAUUGCGCGUGCUUGUGCGGGUCUCCCAAUCACCGAACUCGAACUGACCACCCUCGCCUUUAUCUUCUGUGCUUUCGUCAUGUACUGGUUCUGGUGGGAUAAGCCAUUUGAUAUCCAGACGCCAACCAUCCUCCUCUGUCCGCCGGAAAAGGCCAAACAGAUGCGAGAGGUUAUCAAGAGAAGGGAGCGAUUUCUGGGAAGCGAUGGAGAGCCACGCUUCCAUCAAAUCAAUGCUUUGGCCACUGAAGCGUUCUUGGAUAUGUUUAGUAGAUCACCCAAGAUCCUGAGACUGUCCCCAGCGUCAGUUGCCGUGUCAUUCUAUUUAACGGCGUUUGUUUUCGCCGGACUGCAUCUGAUUGCCUGGAAUUGGGAAUUCCCUACCCCGAUGACAAGGACAAUGUGGCGAGCAUUCUCGUUACUGAUGCUGACGUCUUCGCUACUCCCGAUGCUUGCAUUCUGGCUGAAGAAGAAAUUGGGGGAUGAAGACGAUGAGGAUCAUAGUGAGUGUUGUGCUAUAGCCUGUGCGAUAUGUUGUUGUACGGAGAAGGGCACCUGUGGUUUCUGGAUAUCGGGGGUCAUCCUGUUCCUGAGCUACGUUGUUGCGCGGCUCGGGAUUCUGUUCCUGGUCUUUUAUUGUUUCCGGGCGAUGCCUGCUGAUGUCUAUUCGAGUCUAAGCUGGACGGCAAUCUUUCCUCACUUGGGCUAA